CCAAGACACCAAAAACAGCGCAGGAGGAGAGAGUUCCGCUCUGCGCCGGUGCGAGAGGAGCGCGCUUCAGCAGCCGCCCUCACGCCCCUGUCGUCAGCCUGCGGGGACGCCGCCGACUUAGCCCAAGCCAGCUGCUCACUCCCAGGGGCUGACCCCAGCGCUUCUUGACCAUGAUGAUGGGCCGCCUUACCGUCGGCGCGCUCCUCGUCGGCCUCGCCGCCACGGAGAACUCCGUCUUCCAGAUCAACGUCCCCGCCUCGCUCCGCAAGCCCGGCGGAUAUUCGCACAAAGCCUCGCUCUUCGGACGACCAUCCUACGCGUCGACGACGCAGCGCCUCUACUACGCCGGCGACGGCGGCGGCGACGGCACGCUCUGCACGUUCGACACGACGAAGACCUACCCCACGCCCUUCAUUUUGAUGGUGGAUAGAGGAGACUGUACCUUCGUGACCAAAGCUAGAAACGCGCAGCAGAUGGGCGCCACGGCGCUGGUGGUCGCGGACAACCUGUGCGUCUGCGGGUCCGCGUGCUCGCCGCAGGCCGGCUGCCAGUACACGGAGCCCGUGCUGGCCGAUGAUGGGUCCGGCGCGGACAUCGUCAUUCCCGCGGUCAUGCUCCCGAAGCAGGAGGCCGACGACAUCGUCAACUAUUUUAGGUGCGGCAAGCUCCCGAUCCAGGGCCGGCCCCAGACCUGUGCUUGGAGCCCAGAUUGGUCGCAGGACGCCACGGUCCAGGCGUCUUUGGAGUACACGGUCCCAAAUCCCGACGACCGCGUCGAGUGGGAGCUCUGGACGACGUCUAUUGAUGGGGCUUCUUUGGAUUUCCUGACGGCGUUCAAGGAUACGGUGCUCCAGCUGGGCACGCACCAGCACUUCGCGCCGAUGAUGUACACGUAUAACGGCUCGCAGUACGGCUGCGACGUCAAGCAGACGGGGUCGGACAUGUGCGGGAAUUUAUGUACGAAUGGGGGGUUAUAUUGUGCGCCGGAUCCCGACGGGAGCCAGGACGAGGGUAUUAGUGGCGCGGACGUCGUCGCGGAGAAUUUGAGGCGGGCCUGCCUGUGGGAUUUAGUGGGGGGCGACGACGUCUCCGAUAAAUCUCAGGUCGGCGUGGGCAAGGUCUGGUGGGAUUAUGUGUCGGAGUUCACUCGUUUGUGUUCGACGGCCGAGACAUUUGCCGACGAUUCCUGUCGGGCCACGGCGAUGAAGAAUGCGGGCGCGGACAAGCAGGCCGUCGAUACUUGUGUGGAAGGAAGUGGCGGCCUCGAAAAGGGAAGGAACGAUGUGUUGGACCAGGCCGUAGAAGCUCUAGACCGGGAGAAUAUUGUUUAUGUGCCCGAGUGCAUUGUUAAUGGUGUGGUGCACUACGGCAGCGUCGACCCGCCGAACAUACUAGCCUCGAUCUGCCAGGGCUUCCCUAUACAAGACCGGCCGCCGGUCUGCGACUGCGCGUCGGACCCGCGCUACGACGACUGCGUCGCGAACAACGGCGCCGCGCCGGCGGCGUCCGGCGGGUCUUCUUCGUCGAAGGAGCCGGUCGUCGAGCACGACGGCAUGCCGUGGUACGGGGUCUUGAUGCUCGUCGUGUCGGUCGUCGUCGUCAUGCUCCUCGCGGGCCUGGCCUACUGGAAGCGCACGCAGCGCCAGAUGCGCGACCAGGUGCGCGGCAUCCUCGCGGAGUACAUGCCCAUGGAGGACCUGGGGGAGGCGCUGAACCCCAUGCAGACGGAGCCCGACGCUGCGCCGGUCUUCUCCGUGAACGCGUGACCCUGAUCCCCUGUCCCUUGUAGUAAGUUCUCUUUUCCCAU